GAUUCUGGAUAAAACUAUAUUUAAAUUAAAAAUAAACUUUCAGUAUAAUCUCUUUUAAAAAAUUGCUCGCUCUUUAACAGAGUUAGUAAGAAAACUAUUCAAAUUAAAUUCAAAUAAACAAAGUAUCAUCUUCAAAAUGUACUCUCAGUGAUAUUGUGUACAUACGUGGUGCGAAUUACAUUUCAACGAGUAAAUAGCGAUAUUCUCCAUGAAAUAACCCGGUUUACUCAAAACACAUCUAAUAUGGAAUGGACUGUAUGUCAAACAGUUUAAAUCACUCAAGAUGUACAGUUCUCAAGUGGACACCAAAAUUGAUCUCGGCAGUCAGUUGCCACCACCAAAAACAAGUAAACUAGAACAAUGGAUGAAAAGCAAUGAAGACAAAGCCCUUCAAUUGGAACAGUUUAUAUCACACAGAAAAAUUAUAAGACGAUGGAACCGGCUGUCACGGUUUCAGAGGUCACUAGUUUAUGGCUUCAUCGUCAUAACGGUAACUGUUAUUAUGUUAUUAUACACUUCGCAGGGUGAGAACGCAGAAAGUAAAAAUAAGAAAAAAAUGGAACAGGAUUCAUCAAACAAUUCAUCUCUAGUCAUGGAGGCGGCGGUCAACGCGGCGCUAAUCAAAAAGAUUGUAUCCGAUACCGAGAUUAUUGAGAGACCUAUAUUUACUGGACCAAGCAAUGCCCGUCAGUUCGCUGUAGUGGAGUCUUUCAAGCACGCGUGGAAGGGUUAUAAGGAACACGCAUGGGGUCACGACAACCUUAAACCGGUUUCCGGGAUGGCGUACGAUUGGUUCUCUCUUGGGCUGACGAUUGUUGACGGAUUGGACACGGCGUACAUAAUGGGACUUAAUGAUGAAUACGAGGAAGGCAAACAAUGGAUAAAAACUGAUUUGGUAUUCACAAAGAACAAAGAUGUCAACUUCUUCGAGGUCACGAUUCGCGUUCUUGGAGCACUUUUGACGAAUUAUCAUUUCUCGCAGGACUCAAUGUUCCUUGAAAAGGCUAAAGACCUUGGCGAACGUCUCAUGCCAGCCUUCUCGUCACCAUCCGGUAUACCGUACUCGGACGUGAACCUGGGUACCCGUUCCGCUCACUCUCCCGAAUGGUCCCACUACAGUACCACAGCAGAGGUCACCACUGUGCAGCUGGAGUUUAGAGAGCUUUCUAGAGCAACGGAAAACACCGUGUUUGAGGAAGCCGCCGCAGCGGUUUCGGACAAGAUACACCAACUGCCGAAACGUAAUGGCCUAGUGCCAAUAUUCAUAAACCCUAACACGGGUACCUUCCUACAACAUGCCACCAUAACCCUGGGAGCUAGGGGUGACAGCUACUACGAGUAUCUGUUGAAGCAGUGGAUUCAAACCGGCAAGACUAUUAACUAUUUAUUGGACGACUACCUGGCUGCUAUUGAAGGCGUAAAGGAUUAUUUGGCAAAGCGCUCGUCGCCUAACAAACGUUUGUUUAUCGGCGAAUUCUCCACCGGAUCUGAGACGUUCAAUCCAAAAAUGGACCAUCUGACUUGUUUCUUACCUGGCACAUUGGCAUUAGGGCAUGCCAAUGGUCUACCGGAUUGGCACAUGAUUUUGGCUGAAGAACUGAUCUACACUUGUUAUCUGACCUACGCGGCUCAUCCUACCUUCUUGGCACCGGAGAUAACGCAUUUCAAUAUGGCAAGUGCGACAGAAGAUAUGUACACAAAGGCGGCGGACGCCCACAGUUUACUGAGACCGGAGUUCGUUGAGAGUCUGUGGUACAUGUACCAGAUCACUGGCAACAACACGUAUCAAGAGUGGGGAUGGCAGAUCUACCAGGGACUGGAGCGAUACGCCAAAGUGGACAACGGCUACACAUCGCUUAAUAACGUGAAAUCCGAGAAACCAAUACCACGCGACAUGAUGGAGUCAUUCUUCCUGUCGGAGACCCUCAAGUACCUCUACCUACUUUUCGCCGAUGACAGAUUUAUAGUCGACCUCAGUAAAUAUGUGGUAAAUUCCGAAGCACACCCUCUGCCUAUACACAAGAAUUAAUAAACUUAUACAUAAGUCAUUACGUCCUGAAGCACGGAACUACAAGUUUAAGCUAAUAUUACAGGAAUCUAUAUAUAUAUAUAUAUAUUUUUUUUUUAACUAAAAUAAUUGAUUUUGAAGGAAUUUAAAGUAGGAAAGCAUCGUCUAUAAGCAGAGCAAGUGCGUGCAAGGAACAUGUGCUGUAAGUGCCGCCAUGUGUCCUUUGACAUGAGGCGCAGUUGUAAGCCAUGUGCCAUGCCUCGUGUGCCAUGAAUUACACCAAAAUUCAAAAUUCAACAUUCAUUUAUUUUAAGUAGGGCGAUUUUAUAAGCACUCUUGAAACGUCAAGUCAGUCUGUUUGUAGUGACUCUACCACCGGAACCGGACUCUACCAAAUUCAUGAAAUUCUUAAAGAAACUCGUCAUAAAAGAGAUUAGAGAUAAUUUCUUUGUUGUGAGAAAAUACAUGCAAUCGUUUCCUGUCAACAUUUGCUGAUGAUCCCAUUAAAUGUUUGCCUACAAUUCUUAAAUUCUUCGUGCAAGAAAAUGGUCUCUAAAUGGAUCUUUUUACUGUCAGCUUGAGCGUUAAUGUUUUUUUAAACAUUAUACUAAAAUGGUCAUUCAAAGCUCAUUUCUUAAAAUUUAUGAACUGGACAUUGUGAUAUGUAAACGAAGAGUAAAUCUUUAUUCUUUGAAAAUAAUUUUAUUUUUAAAAUGUAUUGCA